GUAAUCAGGUGGCGAGCGGAGCGGAGCGAGCCCGAAGCGUGGCGAGCGUACUUUUCGGGUACCCUGCUCGCCCGUAGCUCCUCCCCUUGGUGACGUGUCUCCUCCCCUAGAUACGUCAGAAAGUCCCUUCUCCCACUCCGAAAUAGAAUCAACCGCAGCCUAACCCCUGCUGCCUUCGCAUACUAUAAACACACACAUAUAUGUACACCUCCGUAUGUGCAGCACAAUGCAGGGCCGUGUGCAACUUGUCCUUUGUCUUCUUUAUCUAUGCCUCGUUCUUAUGUUGGAAAGCGGAUAGUGCCCUUAUCCAAGAUGGCGGCGCGGGACGGGGAGAUGUCAUUGUCGUAACAGGUGGACGGUUAUGUGACGUUCCCCUCCGGAUCCCGGAAGAAGAUCGGGAACUGAGAGCGGCCGGGUCGUGACAGAGAGCGAUGGGAUGAGAGGCCGCGAGCAACCCGCAAGCCCAUGCCACGCCCCGUUAAUCAUUGUGGACCAGUGGCUGUUGCAUCAUCCAGGGCUAUUGACCUUACAAGUUUGCGAAAGGAUCACUGCAACCAGAGGCAGCAGAAAAGCUGUGUAGCCAGGCGUCUUACGGUUUUUUAUCUCUUCCAUACUGAAUAUUUACACCUCAGGGCAAACGCUGAAGAGCGCAGUCCGUGAUGGAAAAACAUUGGGUGUUUUGGGCUUGUGCGGAGAGGUGGUUACUGGCAUUAGGCUCUUGGUCAUGGGGACUGUGCCGGAUAGGUCUUCUGCCGUUAAUAUUAACUUUUAAUAUGUAUGGUGGUGGUAUUCUGCUCCUUCUAAUAUUUGUCUCCAUAGCAGGAAUACUAUUUAAAUUUCAAGAUGUACUGCUUUAUUUCCCUGACCAGCCUUCCUCAUCACGACUUUAUGUACCAAUGCCCACCGGAAUACCACAUGAAAAUAUUUUCAUUAAAACAAAAGAUGGUGUACACCUCAACCUCAUCCUUUUGAGAUACACCGGUGAUAACUCAAGCUUUUCUCCAACUAUCAUUUAUUUUCAUGGUAAUGCAGGAAAUAUUGGUCACAGGUUACCAAAUGCAUUAUUAAUGCUGGUUAACCUAAAAGUUAACUUGCUGUUAGUUGACUACAGAGGAUAUGGAAAGAGUGAAGGAGAGCCAAGUGAAGAAGGUCUUUACCUGGACUCUGAAGCGGUGCUUGAUUAUGUCAUGACCAGACCUGACAUUGAUAAGACAAAGAUAAUUCUGUUUGGACGUUCGUUAGGAGGUGGGGUGGCCAUUCAUUUGGCAUCUGAAAAUGCACACCGGAUUUCAGCGAUAAUGUUAGAAAAUACUUUUCUUAGCAUUCCCCAUAUGGCCAGCACCCUGUUUUCUUUUCUUCCUAUGCGCUACCUUCCUUUAUGGUGCUACAAAAAUAAGUUCUUGUCUUACAGGAAAGUUUCUCAGUGCCGAAUGCCUUCCUUGUUUAUCUCUGGGUUAUCAGACCAAUUAAUCCCUCCAUUUAUGAUGAAACAGCUCUAUGAACUAUCCCCAUCCCGGACUAAACGAUUAGCAAUCUUUCCAGAUGGAACGCACAAUGAUACCUGGCAGUGCCAAGGCUACUUUGCUGCUCUUGAACAAUUUAUUAAAGAACUGACCAUUAAUCACUGUCCAGAUGAAAAUGCAAAGACUUCAAAUGUGACAAUAAUAUGAAUGCCAACUUCUUCCCUUUGCACUGUCUUUAGUUUGUGAGAAGUGAUUUAAAGAAUGUCAUUUGUACUGUUUGUUAUCCAAACAUAAGAGGGUAAAGUAAAUUUGGAGUGCAUCCAUGAUGUAGCUUAUAAUUUUCAGCUUUCUAUAGAGGUUCUCUAUAGAGUUCUAAGUAAACCACAUUUCUCUAUAGAGUUCUAAGUAAGCUAAUGUUCAGUGCAUGCACUGUUUUAACAUAUCCUUCAUUUUGAAUCUUGCUCUAAUGCUGUUUUUCUAUGGAAGCAUUGGCAUUACAUGGAAUGUUAUGAAAUAUUACUGUGCUUUUUUAUGGUUUACAUAUAUUUUUAAAAACAAUCCAAAGCCCUGGUCACAUCCACCUAUUAAUCCCAACUGCACAAUAUAUCUAAGGCAAUUAAGAAAAACAAAACUGCAAUAAGUGGAAAUCUGUAAACUUUUGGAAGGUCAUGUAGUAAAACAUCUAAUAUGUCCUUAGAUUGAAAUUCAUGUUUUUUGUUUUUUCACUCAGAUUUAAUUAACACUUAAAUCUUGUGUACAGACUUAGUAGAGGUUGGCUAGGGUCUACGUACCUUAAUGCAUUAAAUAUGAUCAUUGUACUUUGUUCAUUGGCCAGUGAGAUUAUUGGAAUGUUCACGGCAUAGGCUUUCAGAACAUAUUAGCAGCAGGAGGAGGAGGAGUGUGAUGACGUGUGAAUCUGUCAUCUGUGUACUCAUGUGAUUGUGUAUGUGAGGAGGGAAUACAGGUAAGCAAGAAGCCACAGACUAAACAUUAGUGGAGCCAGCAGGUUCCUCAAUAUCACAGAGUCACAUUUGAGGUAGGAAGUUGAGGACCUCUGAAGAAAGUUCAUGCACCCAACUUGUUAGAAUAUAGAGUGGUAAUGGCAAUAAAGUGGCUGUGUUAUACUACUACUAUGGGUGCACUCACCCCGUGUGUAUGCAGUAUGUGAUCAUUCAUGCAACAUAGUGUAUAACAUUAUCUUUUUUCUAUUAUUUCAUACAGCAUUAUGUGUUAUUUAAUGUUCUAUGAUGGCCAGAGAUUGGGUUAUAAUAACGUGUGCUAUCCGUAGGUAAUGUUUAUUCUGCAUGAUUGUAUUAUUUUCCAGUCUCAGUGUUUUAACUUUGUAAUGCACAUCUUCACCUCAUUCGUGUAUGAAAUGGUUUACCUGGAGCAAACAAGGCUUGUUUACUUUAAAUAUCCUGCUACUGAGAAUACUAUAUGUUAGGGGCAAAAGAAAAAAAGGAUUUUCCCAUCACAUUUUUGUUACAACUUCCAUCUUUUUCGUUUUAUCCAUUGGAGCAAAUGGUUAAAAUGGAGUUUAAGCAAUAGUUACUUUUAUUUAUAGUUUGGUUAAUGGUUGUGUAGUACAACUUGUUAAAUGAUGGCAUUUUUACAAAAAUGGUUUUCAUAUUAAAUAGUAAUUAAACUCUAAUUGCCUUCCAUUGCAGUACUGCAAGACUCCCAGCACCUACAACAAAUUCUAAUGUAAAGGGUCUGUAACACUGUUCUCAAAGCUCUAUGGGUCUCAUUCAGAAGCUGGAGAACAUCCAUCUAAAAGAUUAAAAUUUGCACCUGGAGUAAUUAUUAAACCAUGUUGUGAUGCAAGUGGUUUAAAUGUCAUUUUAUUUUGCGUGCAGGAAAAUACUGCCUGCUUUUGCAUGUAGUACACACAUACUGGGCAGAUUUAGUUCAACUCCACGUUUAACGUUGAGCUUUGGCGCUGUUUAUUAAACUUAAAUAUCUCUGCAUAUUUAUAAUCCGACCCUUGUUCAGCACAGCAUGGUUUUACCAAUGUUUUAUAAUACUCUUUCAAACGCCUUAAAUCUAAAUGAUGGGGUUGGUAAGAUGAGCUAUAUUAUAUUUCCUUUUUGUUUGUCUUUUGGUCACUCAUUGUGUUAAACAGGAUUCCCAAUUAAUUAGCGACAAGACCUUAACAAACCAUUUAUGAACUUGAUUGAAGUAUUAUGGCGGAAGUGAAAUUAUAUUCACAACCAAAUUGCAAGGGCUGAUACAUAAUUGUAAGAAUGUUCACUUUGUAUGAAAGCUGUUUUAACACCACAGUUUUAUUCAUGUGAAGAUGUACAUACUUAGAAUAAAUUAUUCAUGUUUUCAAAAUG